GGUUGUUGUUGGAAGAGAGGCUCACAAUGGAAUAUGUCGGGCUUCCAAUUGCCGGUAAUUAUAUUCAUAGCGUUCGCGUCCAUUUUCGGUGUCGUUCAAAGGGACUGUGAAGCAAUUCGCCGCUUUUUUAACUUUUGCAACAACAAGCCCAUAAUGGAUUUCGAAUAUGUUUCUGACGCUUCUCAGUAGCUUACUCUCGUGAGGCUGAUUGCUUGGUUUCUAGACCUCGUCACCUUGGUGGGGGAUUUGUAACGAUAUAUUUAGCCUCUCUCGUUUGGGAUAUUGCCAUUGGAGCAAGAGAAGACACAAAAGGAAAAUCAAAUUGGAUUGCCAGGUUUCCAGGAAGAUGCGGCUGUGAGCUUGCUCAGAGUGCUGAUCCUGUGGGUCUUCACCUGAUCGUGACCAUGGGCAUAUGGCCAGGGGGUGUCCGGGCCUGCAUUGCAGGCCAGGAGAACUGCUCUGCCAAUAAUGAGUCCAAAGACUACUGUUACUCAGCCCGUAUCCGCAGCACCGUGCUUCAGGGCCUACCCUUUGGAGGGGUCCCCACAGUCCUUGCGCUGGACUUCAUGUGCUUCCUGGUGCUUCUCUUUGUCUUCUCAGUACUGCGGAAAGUGGCCUGGGAUUAUGGACGCUUGGCAUUGGUGACAGACGCUGACAGAUUGAAGAAGCGUUUCAACGGAUUGGAGGAGCGGGAAUAUGUUGCCUCAGCUCUGCAUUCUGAAACGCCAGAUCGCUAUGAACGUCUCACUUCAGUCUCCAGCUCUGUCGACUUCGAUCAACGGGAUAACGGCUUCUGUUCCUGGUUAACUGCCAUCUUCAGAAUAAAGGACGAGGAGAUCCGGGAGAAGUGUGGCGAGGACGCCGUGCACUACCUUUCGUUCCAGCGCCAUAUCAUCGGCCAGCUGGUGGUUGUUGGGGUUCUGUCUGUGGGCAUCGUCCUGCCGGUCAACUUUUCUGGAGACCUUUUGGAAAAUAAUGCAUACAGCUUUGGGCGGACCACUAUAGCAAACCUGAAGUCUGGGACUAACCUCUUGUGGCUCCACACUUCGUUUGCGUUCAUAUACCUGCUUCUGACUGUGUACAGCAUGAGACGACACACGUCCAAGAUGCAUUACAAGGAGGAUGACCUGGUGAAACGCACUUUGUUUAUUAAUGGGAUCUCCAAAUAUGCCGAAGAGGUCCACAUAAAACAACACUUUCAACAAGCCUAUGAGAACUGCACUGUUCUUGAUGCUCGAAUCUGCUACAACGUAGCCAAACUCAUGUCCCUGAAUGCUGAGAGGAAGAAGACAGAGCGCAGUUUAAAGUUCUUCACUGAUCUCAUGGCCAAAGAGCACAUGCCCACCAUGGUCAACCCCAAACCCUGUGGCCACCUCUGCUGCUGUGUCAUCAAAGGCUGUGAGCAGGAAGAGGCGGUGAGCUUCUAUACUAAGCGGGAGGCCAAAUUGAAGGAGGAGUACAGAAAGGAGAAAGAGAAGGUCAACACUAAACCUCUUGGUAUGGCGUUCGUCACUUUCCAGAAUGAGGCCAUGACUGCAAUAAUCCUAAAGGACUUCAAUGCCUGCCAAUGCCAUGGCUGCACAUGUCGCCAAGAGCCCAAGUCAUCCCAGUUCAGUGAAAGUCUCCACAUCUACAACUGGAGUGUGAGCUAUGCUCCUGACCCUCAAAACGUGCGAUGGGAGCAUUUAUCGUUGGGGGGGGUUUCCUGGUGGAUUCGCUGCUUCAUCAUCAACUGCAUCCUUUUCCUCCUGCUCUUCUUUCUCACCACGCCCGCCAUCAUUAUCUCCACGAUGGACAAGUUUAACGUCACCAAGCCCGUGGAGUAUCUCAAUAACCCCAUCAUCACCCAGUUCUUCCCUACUUUGCUCCUGUGGGCUUUCUCUGCCCUGCUGCCCACCAUCGUCUACUACUCUGCUUUCUUCGAGAAACACUGGACGAGGUCGGGGGAGAACCGGACCACCAUGCACAAGUGCUACACCUUCCUCAUCUUCAUGGUCCUCUUGCUGCCUUCACUGGGUCUUAGCAGUUUGGAUGUCUUCUUCCGCUGGCUGUUUGAUAAGAAAUUCCUUGCUGACGCCACUGUCAGAUUUGAGUGUGUCUUCCUCCCUGACAACGGAGCCUUCUUUGUCAACUAUGUCAUCGCCUCAGCGUUUAUCGGUAACGCCAUGGACCUGCUGCGGAUUCCAGGCUUGCUCAUGUAUAUGAUCCGACUGUCCCUGGCCCGUUCCUCUGCAGAGAGGCGCAACGUAAAGAGGCAUCAAGCGUUUGAAUUCCAGUUUGGAGCGGCAUACGCCUGGAUGAUGUCCGUCUUCACUGUAGUUAUGACAUACAGCAUCACCUGUCCAAUCAUCGUCCCCUUUGGUCUGAUGUACAUGCUGCUGAAGCACCUGGUGGAUAGAUACAACAUGUAUUACGCUUACCUUCCCUCGAAACUGGACAAGAAAAUCCACUCAGGUGCUGUCAAUCAGGUGGUGGCAGCUCCCAUCCUCUGUCUCUUUUGGCUGCUAUUCUUUUCCACCAUGCGCACAGGCUUUGUAACCCCCACGUCCAUGUUCACUUUGGUGGUCCUAAUCAUCACCAUUGUGGUAUGCCUGUCGCACGUCUGCUUCGGCCACUUCAAGUACCUCAGCGCUCACAACUACAAGGUACGGGUCACUGUGCUCAAGAUUGACACCAAGGAAACAGAUGUUGACGUGGUUGAAAAUGGCCGCCCACCACUCCGCACCUUCUCCUCUCCUUCUAAUAAGUCUCAGCAACCAACGUACAUUGCCCAGGUCUUACAGGACCCAAUCAUGGAUGACGCUUGCACAGGCAGUGGGGAGGAAGAUCGGGGGUCCUCACAGGAUGAGGAGAUGAUCAACACUGGGAAUAGUCUCAACGAAGCUGACUUCCAGUCCGGUGAAGACAGCCUCAUAGCCAACGAGGUCCACCAGUAACACUACCAGCUGAGAAAGGGGAAAGAGCGAAAGAUGGUGAGAGAGGGAUUUUGGAGAGGAUGAAUGCCAGACUCGAACAACAAACCACCAACUUCACUUUGGAUUCUAAAACAAUUUGCAGUCAUUCCUCCCCCAUACUCCCCCACUCUGUCACCUUUUUUCAGUUGUGCCUCUGCACAUUGGCAUUACCAGAAAAUGCCAGAUACAUCACAACACACACACACACACACACACACACACACACACACACACACACACACACACACACACACACACACACACACACACACACACACACACACACACACACACACACACACACACACACACACACAGUGUAAUUGUGAAUGGUUUUGUUAAGUUUAAUUUGGAGCUUGUCUGUGCGGAUUCUUCAAAGUCCCCUCAGUGUAUUUUGAACACCCAUCGGAGCGAUAUGAAUCUGGGUGUUGACGCCCCUUGUUUUAUUUAUUUAUCUACUGGAGUCCUACACUUUUAUGGAGCUUCUAUGGAGCACAAGUCCAACACUGGUUUUCAUCAAAUCCCAAAAAAUGGAGUCCCAGGAAAGAAACCAUACAAUAGCAUAGACUUUGUACAUAUCCCAAAAUAUGCCAACCGUUUGUGUGUCUCUUAUUGGAAAGAGGAGGUCAAAAUUGUGCCUGGUUUGGGUUUCUUUUCAUCUAUGUUUCCUUACUAAAUCCCCAUCAGGGUGGCUCAGGACUGGUGGAGAGGUCAUGAAAAUUAGGCUACCAAGCCUGCUCCAAACACAGGUCCCAUGAACUUUUAUGGAUCUACAGACUCAUACCCAAACUAAACUUUGUUCAUUCUUGUCAACGUGCAAAGCACCCUGCAUUAGGUCUUCUUUCUCAUAGCUUAUGAACAAAAUGACUUGCUUGCCCCUUUUUUCUUUGAAAUCUUAUGUUCGUCAUAAGAUAUUCACUCUGCCACUGAACAUCCUAGCCAGUGGUUGGAGACACCAUCUUAACAUGACGUAUAAAAACAUGAUGCAGUCACUGUCAAGUUUGUGUAUUAUUAUUUUUUUACUUCAUGUGUCUCACAUCACUGAAUGGGCACUGUUGGAGGAUAUCAGGGCCAUCACAUCGGCCCUCUGUUGUGUCAUCGAUAUUCCAAAAGAUGGCAGUGGGCAUGGCAUGCCAAACAGCCACCAGACCAGGGUCCGCUCAGAUGGAUUGUGGGGUUUCUGGAGUGACGUGUGUUGUCAUGGCAUUUGUCUACUGUCCUCCUGCCUGUGAUGCCCUGUCAGUCACCUGGUCUUGCUGCUCCCCAUCUCAGUUUCCAAAGGGUCAGUCGUGGAAGGCUUGGCGACUCUUGCAGCCAUUAACGUUGUAUAGUUUUUAUUUUGUCUUUUAUUUUUUAUUUUUUACCUCUACUACCUUAAACAUAUGAACAUAUACACCUGAAAUAGGAAGCACAUUUUCUUGUCAGCGCAUAGUUCAAUAGGCAACCUCUACUCUAACUGGGUUCUGUUCACCUUGGAGAACUUCAACAUUUACACACUAGUACAAUAGUUUAGCUUAUGUUGUAGAUCCAGGGAAAAGCUGGGGGGCAUGAAGAAACUGGUCUUGCCUCAAGUUGUACUCUCUACCCUUAAAAUCCUCCAGUCAGAAGUACGCUGAGGUGAGAUAUUUGCUUCUCUGGAAGAGCCAAGUCCCAAUGCAUUAGCUGUUUUUCUAUGCUUCCUCUCAGAGAGAAUAGAAAUUAAGUGUAGAUAAAAAAUGUAGUAAAGUAUUUUGCUCCUCAGGAGUCACACCUAUGGAAGAUAAUUGUUCAGAUAUACAGCACCAAUGAAUAGCGAUGCUUCCAUUUAUUUUUGUCACAUCAGUUUGGGUGCAGUGCGUGUCUCUGAUUGAAGUGCAAUCAGCAAGGUGUCUGUCUGAUGCAAAUUGGCUCUCAGCCUCUUUUCUCAGCCUGCAUAGCAACUUCCCAUUUGGUGUUCACAGUUAUACCCUGGGAAAUUGUGAUGACAUUUCAAAGGCAGUGUGUAAUUUAUUUUCUUAAUGGACAAAACACAUGAAAACGCAAUCAAAUACUUAUAUAAAAGGCAUUGGGUAGAAAUAAAUGAAUGCACAACUACGUAUAUAAUUUCAUAUAUAUCUUAAAUUACCACAAUUUCAUGAAUUUGAUCCAGUCCAAAACAGAAAAAAGUGGAUAACAGAACAAAGGCAGAAUUAAAUGUAACUUUCCUGAAGCAUUAAAUCACUGGGUAAGUAUUGUCAAUGUACAGUAGUGAUGGCUCUCUCUCCCUAAUACUUUUAAGUGGAGCAUUCUAAGUAUUUCUUUAUAAACCUAGCCAGUCCUUUCAGACAUGUGAACACCAUAGGGUUUUGGCCAAAUGGAAAAGACUAGGGACCAAAAAUGUACCAGGCCCAAGAGUGUGGCUCCACUGACUAGUCCAACAAAUGAGGUCCACUGAUAGUGAAGAUCUGCUAGAGGUCACUGUAAACCUGUGUUUUUGUAUUACUAUGAUUAUCAUGUUUUGGAACGGGACGAAUCGUCUCUGUGCAAAAUGAUUUGUUGUAACAAAAAAAGGAUGUUUUACCAAUUUGCAUCAGGAACAUGCAAUAGCAAGCGUGACAUUCAGCAAAGAAAUAGAACUAGAGCAGUGACUUAAGGAAAUGUUGAAGUCUCAGGUGUACUUGUUUGGAGAAAAAUGUUUACAUCUGUUUUUUUUUACAUUGUAAUAGUUGUUUUCAACUUUAAGCAUUUCGAUCUGUUGAUGAAGCUAAUCUAUGAAAGCUGUGGCUAUUGGUAACAGUAACAUUCUAUCAGGUAGGAAAAUAAAAACAUGUACCAUGGUUGUCUUGUUAUUAGCAGCACAGUUUCCUCUGUAGACACUAAAAUUACCAUUGUAUUGUGCUUUGUCCCUGUUUGAAAACCAUAGCUACAUGCUGGAGAUAUUGUAGCUUUUCUGUGUCUACUCUGUUCUGUAACUUCUGUAUCCCUUUUAAGUAAGUGUGCACUAACACUCCGUUCAUGAUUGUAUGCACGCUAACACAAGACUAACAACUAUCCAGUGAAAGUAAAUUGUCCUGACAAUAUAAUCAUUAUUUUAAGAGGCUUGCUUGCUAAUGGACAGUCUAUUUCUCAAUGGAAAUUAAGUUACUUUACAAUAACACUAUUCUUCAGUGACACAAAAAGGCUUUGAGAUAUUUUUGUAAAUCGCAAAAGGAACUGUUUUCAGUGACACAGCCUAUUCCAGAUUUGAUACCAAUUACGUAUUAUGUUGAUAGCUGUGACAAUGCUGUUACAUGUAUUGGGAUUGUUUUAUUUAUCAUGAACUGACUUUUUAUUUUAUAACUGUUGCUAAGGAUUUAAGUUAUGAAAAGAAGAAUUUGAUCUGAAAAAUAAACAUGCCUUGAUAGAAGGAUUCGGGAUCGGGAAUGGUUUGCUAAAAGUUUAUGAUUUUGAUUUCAAUAUACUCUACCAUUCAAAAGUUUGGGGUCACUUUGAAAUGUCCUUGUUUUUGAAAGAAAAGUACAUUAAAAUAACAUCAAAUUGAUCAGAAAUACAGUGUAGACAUUGUUAAUGUUGUAAAUGACUAUUGUAACUGGAAACGGUAGAUUUCUUUAUGGAAUAUCUACAUGAGCGUACAGGGGCCCAUUACUCCUGUGUUCCAAUGGCACGUUGUGUUAGCUAAUCCAAGUUGAUCAUUUUAAAAGGCUAAUUGAUCAUUACAAAACCCUUUUCCAAUUAUGUUAAAGAAGCAAUAAAUAUUGCCUUCUUUAGACUAGUUGAGUAUCUGGAGCAUCAGCAUUUGUGGGUUCGAUUACUGGCUCAAAAUGUCCAGAAACAAAGAACUUUCUCCUGAAACUCGUCAGUCUUUUCUUGUUCUAAAAAAAUGUAAGCUAUUCCAUGCGAGAAAUGGCCAAGAAACUGAAGAUCUCGUACAGUGCUGUGUACUACUCCCUUCAUAGAACAGCGCAAAUUGGCUCUAACUAGAGGAAUGGGAGGCCCCGGUGCACAACUGAGCAAGAGGACAAGUACAUUAGUGUCUAGUUUGAGAAACAGAUGCCUCACAAGUCCUCAACUGGCAGCUUCAUUAAAUAGUACCCGCAAACACCAGUCUCAACAUCAACAGUGAAGCGGUGACUCCGGGAUGCUCGCCUUCUAGGCAGAGUUGCAAAGAAAAAGGCAAAUCUCAGACAGGCUAAUAAAAAGAAAGGAUUAAGAUGGGGGAAAAGAACAAAUACUCUGCCUCGAAGGCCAACAUCCUGGACUCGCCUCUUCACCGUUGACGUUGAGACUGGUGUUUUGCCGGUACUAUUUAAUGAAGCUGCCAGUUGAGAACUUGUGAGGCGUCUGUUUCUCAAACUAGACACUAAUGUACUUGUCCUCUUGCUCAGUUGUGCACCGGGGCCUCCCACUCUUUCUAUUCUGGUUAGAGCUGGUUUGCUCUGUUCUGUGAACGGAGUAGUAAACAGCAUUGUACGAGGUCUUCAGUUUCUUGGCAAUUUCUCACAUGGAAUAGCCUUCAUUUCUCAGAACAAGAAUAGACUGACGAGUCUCAGAAGAAAAUUAUUUGUUUCUGGCCUUUUGAGACUGUAAUCGAACCCACAAAUGCUGAUGCUCCAGAUACUCAACUUGUCUAAAGAAGGCCAGUUUUAUUGCUUCUUUAAUCAGGACAACCGUUUCAGCUGUGCUAACGGGGUGGCAGGUAGCCUCGUGGUUAGAGCGUUGGACUGGUAUCCGAAAGAUUGCAAGAUCAAAUCCCCGAGCUGACCAGGUAAAAAAAUCUGUCGUUCUGCCCCUGAACAAAGCAGUUAACCCACUGUUCCUAGGCCGUCAUUGAAAAUAAGAAUUUGUUCUUAACUGACUUGGUAAAAUAGAAGGUAAAGUAAAAAAAAAUAAAAUAACAUAAUUGCAAAAGGGUUUUCUAAUGACCAUUUAGCCUUUUAAAAUGAUUAACUUGGAUUAGCUAACACAAUUUCAUGAAAUAAUUCAGUCCAAAACUGAAAAAAGUGGAUAACAGAACAAAGGGAGAAAUAGAUAACUAAAAUCACUGGGUAAGUAGAGCCAUCACUACCGUAUAUUGACUAUCUCCCUAAUACUUUUAAGUAGAGCAUUCUAAGUAUUUCUUUAUAAACCUAGCCAGUUCUUUCAGAUCUGUGAACACCAUAGGGAUGGGGUCAAAUGGAAUAUACCAAAAAUGUACCAGGCCCAAGAGUGUGGCUCCACUGACUAGUCCAACAAAUGAGGUGCAAUGAUAGUGAAGAUCUGCUAGAGGUCACUGUAUACCUGUGUUAUUGUAUUACUAUAAUUAUGUUUUGGAACGGGACUAAUCGUCUCUGUGCAAAAUGAUUUGUUGCAUCAAAAAAAGGAUGUUUUACCAAUUUGCAUCAGGAACAUGCAAUAGCAAGUGCGACAUUCAGCAAAGAAAUAGAACUAGAGCAGUGACUUAAGGAAAUGUUGAAGUCUCAGGUGUACUUGUUUGGAGAAAAAAAAUGUACAUCUUUUUUUUACAUUGUAUUAGUUUGCAACUUUAAGCAUUUCGAUUUGUUGAUGAAGCUAAUCUAUGAAAGCUGUGGCUAUUGGUAACAGUAACAUUCUAUCAGGUAGGAAAAUAAAAACAUGUACCAUGGUUGUCUUGUUAUUAGCAGCACAGUUUCCUCUGUAGACACUAAAAUUACCAUUGUAUUGUGCUUUGUCCCUGUUUGAAAACCAUAGCUACAUGCUGGAGAUAUUGUAGCUUUUCUGUGUCUACUCUGUUCUGUAACUUCUGUAUCCCUUUUAAGUGAGUGUGCACUAACACUCCGUUCAUGAUUGUAUGCACGCUAACACAAGACUAACAACUAUCCAGUGAAAGUAAAUUGUCCUGACAAUUAAAUAUAAAAUAAAAUAUAAAUAUUUUAAGAGGCUUGCUUGCUAUUGGACAGUAUUUCUCAAUGGAAAUUAAGUUACUUUACAAUAACACUAUUCUACAGUGACGAAAAAGGCUUUGAGAUAUUUUUGUAAAUCGCAAAAGGAACUGUUUUCAGUGACACAGCCUAUUCCAGAUGUGAUACUGGUUACGUAUUAUGUUGAUAGCUGUGACAAUGCUGUUACAUGUAUUGGGAUUUAUUUAUCAUGAAUUUACUUUUUAUUUCAUAAUUGUUGCUAAGGAUUUAAGUUGUGAAAAGAAGAAUGUGAUCUGAAAAAUAAACAUGCCUUGAUAGAAUCCUAUCACUAACAGGAGUCAUGGUUGCUGAUAAUGGACCUCUACGCCUAUGUAGAUAUUCCAUUAAAAAUCAUAUUUCCAGCUACUACAAUAGUCAUUUACAACAUUAACAAUGUCUACACUGUAUUUCUGAUGAAUUUAUUUUAAUUGACAAGAAAUGUGCUUUUCUUUCAAAAACAAGGACAUUUCUAAGUGACCCCAAACUUUUGAACAGUAGAGUAUGUAUGUUUUUGUAAAUAGCCAUAAAUUCCCUAUUAAGUUAUGGUAGUGUUAUAAAUUACAUAAUCUACAGUUUCUAUAAAACAUGAAUAAGUGCAGGGCUACAUAUAAACACAGCAAAUGGUCACACGUUUGUUUGCUUUUCAGUCUCUGCUGACAUUCAUGCUGGUUCCCUUCACUAAGACAACUAAGGAAAGUUUAAUUUGAUGCUGUAGAUUUGUCAGGUUGUGUAUACUAUUUAUUUUUUACUUUUGUCCAAAGGUCUGUAUGGUGAAGCAUUUGUCAUUAUCUGUUCCUUGAUCAAUAAAUUUGGCAUUCAUCCUUCA